CUGCCUGACACUAAGAUGUCACCAAUAUGGGCUUUAGUUCUGCUCUCCUUACUUCCUGGUACAUCUUAUGCUGCUGAGAUCUGUUUUGGUGAGCUUGGUUGCUUUAAUGACCUGCCACCAUGGGGGGGAACUGCCCAGCGACCGCUGCCGGUCCUACCGUGGGCCCCUGAGAAAUUAGCCACCCGCUUCCUUCUUUUCACCCAGAGAAACAGUUACUACCAGGAGAUCAAGACAGACUCAACCAUUAAGGCAUCAAACUACGGUGCCAUGAGAAAAACUCGUUUCAUCAUUCAUGGUUAUCUGAAAAAAGAUGAUGAAGACUGGCCACAAGAGAUGUGCAGGGUUAUGCUGAGAUGGGAGAAUGUGAACUGCAUCGCUGUUGAGUGGAAAAAUGGUGUGAGGACUCAAUAUGCCCAGGCAGCCAAUAAUGGUAGAGUGCUGGCUGCACAGGUGGCAGCCAUGAUGAUGUUUCUCAUGGAUAACUACAAGCAGAUGGCAAAUAAGUUUCAUAUUAUUGGUCAUAGCCUUGGCGCUCAUGUUGCUGGAGAAAUUGGAAGCAAGAUCAGUGGUCUUGCACGCAUCACAGGACUUGACCCAACUGAGCCGUACUUCCAUGACACAAAUGUAGCAGUACACUUGGACAAAACUGAUGCCAAUUUUGUUGAUAUCAUUCACACUGAUGGACAUCCUUUCUACUCCAAACUUGGUCUUGGGAUGUUCCAGCCCAUUGGCCACAUUGACUUUUACCCCAAUGGAGGAGAACUAAUGCCUGGUUGCAAAGCAAACAAAGGCAGUUCAACAAACCUGGAUGCUAUUUGGGAGGGUACGAAAAAAUUUGAUCCCUGCAAUCAUGUCCGAGCUUACCAGUACUACCAGGAGAGUAUGGUUAAACCUCAAGGCUUUGUAGGAUUUCCUUGCUCCAAUGGGACCAGGUUCACUGCUGGAAAAUGUUUCCCGUGCGCUGAUGAUAAAUGUCCUCUGAUGGGUCUCUAUGCCGACAGGUUCCCUAUGACCAAUAUUACCUCACAGCCAAAGUACUUCCUGAGCACAGGCAGUUCUGAACCCUUUGGACUUUACAGCUGCAGUGUAAAGGUAAGCUUGGAUGGCCCAAGCUGGUCUAACCCAGGCUUCAUGUUUGUGGCUCUAGCUGGAGAAAAGGACUCAACAAAAGAAUACCAACUUCAUGUUGGCAUAAUGAAACCAGGAAAGACCUAUGAAGUCCACAUAAACGCUGAAAUUGAUGUUAGCAAGGUAACGCAAGUCAAAUUUCGGUGGAACAACCACAUUAUCAAUCCCUUGAAACCUAAGUACGGCGCAUCUAAAGUGGAGCUGCUGAGGGGAAAGGACAAGGAGGUCACUCACUUCUGUGGAACAGAAAAUGUUGCAGAAAAUGUGAUUCAGUCCGUGCUUCCUUGCCAAGCUUAACCAUCCACAAUAACCGUAAUAUCACAUUUGCUAUCAGUGUGCCAACAUUCCAACGCUUGCUGACGGCUGACUGCACACUUCUGCCGGAUGUGAGCAUGCCAACAACCUGCUGAAAAGGACUGAAGUGGGAGGAGCAUAUCCAUGCGCCGCAAUUGACUGUGGGCAGAGGCGGUUGCCAGCCAACCAUAGGCCACAUAUAAUAAACACACCACCAUACAAACUCACAUUCACACCUACGAGCAAUUUACAGUCUUCAGUAAAACCUAUCACACAUGUUUUGGGGAUGUGGAAGGAAACUGGAGUACCCUGAGAAAACCCACAAUCGCACAGGGAGAACAUGCAAACUCCACACAGGUGAAGGUGUAUUGGAACCUGCAUCCUCAGAAAACUGUGAGGUGGAUGUGCUAAGCAGUCUCUCACUGUUCCACCAUAUUUACAUUCCGGCAUUUUGAGUGUAGUUAGAUCAAUUUGAGUCAUUGAGUCAUUUUCAAAAGUAGCUCUUGAGGCAAAAAAGUGUGGCCAAUCAAAUUUAAGCUCAAUUACAUGUCACAUGAUGAAAAAUUUGACCACUUCAUACUAACUAGAAUAACUUGAAUAUUCCAAGUAAAAUGAUCAUGCAAACCCUGUAAAAGAGGAUACACCUUUGUGUAUUGAACCCUGCCUUGGUGACACCUUGCCUCUUUGCCUUGUAAUUCUGACACUGCUGCUGGUUUGGGCUGCCUGCCUGUAUAUUGA